AUGCCAGGGUUUCUCUCUCGCCUCAAAGGCCGUGAGGUUCUACGAAAGAAGAGGAAUAACGUGCAAGGGUUUACCGACUCUCUUCCACAGAAACCAAAAUGGGAUGACGCCUACACACGGCCGUCAGUUGAGCCAGAGGAAAUUCACGAGCUGUUGCAUAUUUGCACGGCAGAGCUUAAAGCGCGGGGCCUCGACAUCCCGUUUCUACUCCUCCCCUACCGGCCAACCUCCGAUCCCAGCGCCGUCCGCACUUUCAUGAGACGCUUCUUCGACGACGGCUAUGGCUUAAAGGGGGACAUCUUGGCACAGGAGCUGCGCAUGACCGAGCCAAUGGUCAUCUCGGGUGUCCUAAAGUGGUGCUGGAGUCGCAUUUCAGGUGGCGUUGUUGGCUGGGACGCCUACGAAUUAUUCAAGAUAGGCGAAGGUGAUUCACGUAUGGCCAGAGAUUCUUUCAAGACAUUUAUACCCCUGAGCGUGGAAAGCGGAGCUCGCCAACGCAUCAUUUUCGAUUUCUUCGAGUUGACAGCAGCCAUUGCCGCCCACGGCAAAACCAAUGGUUUUGGUGGACGUCAGUUGCCUCGAAUGGCUGCGUGGUGGGCAUUUGAGCAGAAAGAUACGGGCAGUGGUUUUGAUGGUGGCUACAAGGCCUGGCAGAAGGCCGCCGAUGCCACCACUCAUCUCUUCUUCUCCUAUCUGCGGUCUCUUACGCCGGAAGAAGGUCUCACCGGAAUCACUCUGCUUCCUAGAUCACUGGAGAAGUUGCUCAACGAAACCGAAUACCCACCGAUUACUCCGCCGACACUUGUCUCAAAGACUAACAAGCUGGUCAUGUUGGUCGACACUGUCUCGCCGACGCCUUUUGCCCUGCUCCGCCGUGCUGGCCAUUUCCAGUACCGCGACUCUGAUCCAGCCCUGCAACAAUUCUCCGACUAUAACGAUCCGGUACAGGCAUUGACUGAAGAGUGUCUUCGAGUAUUGCGCGCUAUUUCUGCUGCAAACGAAUCUCAGGUAUCCAGCGUCAAGCACUCAACCAGCCUGCGUGAUGCAUCAUGGUCACGGUUCGAAGACAUAGGCUUCGCAGGCACUGUUGAGGAAGAGCCUCAAAUUGAGGAUAGCCGCCUCCCAACUCAGAACAGGCAAAUACAAGGGCUUCGAAGCACACCUGCGUCCGGGUCCGACUUUGGCCGCCCCACGACUCCAUCCUGGGCUGACUUCCUGUCAUCGGGCUUCAUUGAUGAGAACCAGGCUCCUUCGAGCGUCCUCCUCCCGCCUGACAAGGUUCUGCCUCCCAUUGAAACUCAAAUCAGACAGCAUAGCUCACAGUCGCACCGUCCAAGAUUGGAGAAUACCACCACUCUUCAACCCGGAGAGCUUGCCAGCAUUACCUUGAUGGACCUUGACAACGCCUUCUGGUGGGUAUGGAUGAGCAGCUUGGCUCCUGAGGAAACGUCUGAGCGCAAGUCCGCUUUUGGCCGUUGCGCCAUUAUUGAAACAAAGAUCGCUGGCGGUAGAUGGCUUGUUAUGGAGGAAAUGAUUGCAGGCGCUGCUCCAGAGCCGGACGAAGGGGCCUAUAUUGCGGAAAAGAAAGGUCUGUUUAGCUGGACCAAGCGCGGCAGGAAUAUGGCUCGCCGUAAGUCGGUGGGGAAGCAUGCUCUCGGUCGUGGUGAUAAGAACGCCCCGAGUUUUGGAAGCAGCAAAACCAACGUCGGCCCGGAGACCCAUGCCAAAAUCCAAGCCAAGGCAGCCCAGAUGCGUGCCGUCAAGGAGAAUGAGCAGUUGGCUGCAUCACGACGUGGCAGAACAGAUGGAUCAGUGCCAGAGAAGACUACGAGUGUGCUUUCGCUGCAACCCAACCUUGCUCCUGAAGCUAUUUCUGCCAUCAGAUGGGCCACAAAGUACGACAAGGGCAACAUUAAGGACGCGUACAUGGCUAACAAUAGUGCCGGACGUGGAGUCGCGGUAUCGUCACCAAUCACACAACGGACCAACGGUGCCGCGGCCACAAACGGCAACGGUCAUACUGUCGAGAAGAAACCAGAUUUGCCGACCAAGGAUGACACGCCUGUCGCGAUGGUGUCUACUCCCCUGCCCGAGCCUGAUGUCAAGCAAACCGACCCUCAAGUCACGGAACCGGCGGUCGAGAAGCGUGACACCCCAUCCCCACCCCCCAAGGACAUUGAUACGCCAAUCACUCCUGUGACACCUUCGGUCCCGGGUGUUGAGAGUCUUUCACCUGAAAUGGGUGUUCAAAAGGGCGCACUGCAGGCAAACAGGGAGAAGUCGGGCUUGAGAAAACUAUUUAAGCGCAAAAACCGAUCAUCCAAGAUCCCUGACGGUGCUUCUGCCGACCUGGAACGUAUGCUGCAGAAGGAACAUGCCGUUGCCGAGGAGUCAGCUCGCACAUCAGACAUUGACAAGUCCCCCGUACCAGAGGAGGCAACCCCUGUUGUAACUCCUAUUCAGGAAUCUCCUUUUGACACUGCUGUGCCUUCUCAUGUUGCCGAGGUGACAACAGAGGCUCCCCCUGCUGUUGAGAACAUUGAGCCAACCUACGACCCUUCAGCCAGCAAGGACCUAUCGCCCAUUGAUGCACACGACGCGGCUGAGGCCAAAGAUGAAUUCGCUCGAUUCGACCAAGGCCCCCUCACCGACCAGCCUGCCUUUGUUCCCGACGAGGACGAUGCUACUCCACCGCCAAUAGCUCGCCACUCAAAUCCCCGAGAAGACAGCGGCAACAAGACUCAAACUGAAGGGCCGGCUGAGACGCUGAGCCAAAGUGCCGGCCCCGGUGUCCAAGACCGCUGGGCUCAGAUUCGCAAGAAUGCUGCGCAGAGAGCUGCCACUCGCCCUAAGGAGGACAAUUCCCGAGCCAACAAGAACUCGGGUGAUGAUGACGACACCAGCGUAGAAGAGACUAUCGAGUCUCGCGUUGCCCGAAUCAAGGCCCGCGUUGCGGAGCUCACUGGCAACAUGGAAACUGGUAACGGUCCUCAGUUGCCAGUAGCUGGAAGAUCUUAG